AUGAAGUUCACCGCUGCCACGCUCGCGGUCCUCACCGCGGCCAGCACCGUCGCUGCCGUCGUCGACAAGCGCCUCGUCGACAAUCUGAGCCAGCUCGGCCAGCUCGGCCAGCAGUUCGCCCACAAAGGCCAGGAGAUCGCCAGCUGCGCCAAGGCGUCGACGCAGCUCUCGUGCCACGCAUCGUACGCCAUCGCGGCCAACAGCUCGGCCAACUGCUGCUUCAACGGCGCGCUCACCGACGGCGGUAAGCAGAGCGGCCUGAUCCUCAGCACGCAGUUCUGGACCACAAACGCUCCCGACGCGUCCAACAACGGGCCAAGCGACUCGACGACGAUCCACGGCUUGUGGCCAGACUACUGCGAUGGGACGUACCCGCAGUUCUGUUCGGCUGUCAGUGGAAUUCCGGAAUACACGGGCGAGCAGAUCGAGGCCGUGAUGCGCAAGUACGACCCGGCCCUGUUCGCGUACUACCAGAAGUACUUCAAGGACCUCAAUGGAGACAGCACGUCGUUCCUCGAGCACGAGUUCAAUAAGCACGGGACAUGCUACACGACGAUGCGUCCCUCGUGCCAGCCAUCCCUACCCUGGAUCAGCCAGCCCGACUUCGCCGUGCUCAACUACUUCCGCCAGAUCGCACACAAGUUCGCCGAACGCCCGACGUACGCCAUCCUCGAGGCCGCCGGAAUCGUCCCCAGCACCACCCAGAACUACACCUUGGCGCAGGUCCAGCAGUCGCUCAAAGCCUUCCACGGCGCCACCCCCUUCGUCGGCUGCAACAAGAAAGGCGAGAUGAACGAGUUCUGGUGGUUCUGGAACGUCCGUGGCCAAGUCAACUUUGGCCUCUACGAGCCCGUCGAGUCGACGACAAAGUCUACGUGCCCUGCCAGCUUGAGGUACCUGCCCAAGCCUUGA